GUUAUUACCUUGGUAUGUGCUUUGCUGCACCUGAAAAACAUCUUUGUUUAUUCUACCUGGCUUCAGAAGGAUGGAAAACUUUCUUCUUCUUCGCUGUUCUCUUGCCAGCAGUCACCAGUGCCCUGGCAUGUUAUUGGUCACGGAAAGGUUGGAAUAAUCACCCGUUAGCCCGAACUCUUGCGGUUCAUGCUCUCCCGCAGUCAGGCUGGAGGGCAGUAGCUUCUUCCAUCAAUACAGAAUUUAGGAGAAUCGACAAAUUCGCUACUGGAGCCCCAGGAGCAAGGGUUAUUGUUACAGACACUUGGGUGAUUAAAGUGACCACCUACUGUUUACACGUUGCCCAGCAGCAGGACAUUCAUUUGACAGUGACAGACUCCAGACAGCAUGAACUCACGCCAAACUCAAAUAUGCCUGUGCAGUUCCUCACCAUCCGCGUUGCCAGUAUUAAUCCCUACGUGAAGGCAUUUGAUAUCCGGUUGAACUCCACGGAGUAUGGGGAGCUCCGAGAAAAGCUCCGUGCUCCCAUCACCAACGCAGCUAAUGUUGUGAUCCAUCAAAGCCUUAGUGAUUUAUUUCUAGAAACCUUUACAUCUCUGGUGGAAGUUAACCAGACGUAUCCUGUUCCAAGCACUCAGGAGCUGGAGCCAUGCAUAGGGUGUAUGCAGACUAUUGCCAACAUCAAGCUCAUCAAGAACUGCCAGGAGCCGAACGAAGGGGAAUGCCAGCAAUGCUACUGUCGUCCCAUGUGGUGCCUCACCUGCAUGGGCAAAUGGUUCGCCAGCCGACAGGAUGAGCAGCACCCAGAGACAUGGUUGUCGAGCCAAGUGCCUUGUCCGACUUGCCGAGCCAAAUUUUGCAUUUUAGAUGUUUGUAUAAUACGAUGAGUAAUACUUUGGUAUAUUUUAACUUUUUAAAUUUGAAUGUAUUUCAUAGUGGGUUUGGUUAAAAGGCCUGUUAGAUUUGUUUCUGAGAACUUCACAUUCUACUGGGGUGCAAACGCCAAAGCUUUCUUUUACAGUGUUGGAAACAGAUGUAAAUCUUUUCAGUUCUUCUCCACUUUUACCUAUAUGUUUGGGUUUUAUUCACCAGAAGUCAGUUUCUGGAAUUUUAUUGCUUUAACCCAUAUUUUGCUUUCUUAUGUCUUAGAUGGACUAUGAGUAUCCCUCUGUAUUUCCAGUACUAUUCUCUUUUCAAGUUUUAACUUAGGUUAAAGUCUUCAAAUUUUUAGAUUUAACUUGGGGUUUGAUUCUUUGUAAAGGGCUAACUGA